CUGACCAUGCCUGGGAGAGAGGUGCUGCUGCUGCUGGCAGCAAUGGUGACUCUUGUCGCUGCCAGAGGGGCAGAGCUGAAUGAAGGGAGUGGUCUGAGAAGGCCGGUGUGUGAAGACCUGGUUGACGUGCAGGCCUGCCCCCUCCUGUACUUGCCCAUCUGUGGGACCGAUGGGAAUACCUAUGCCAAUGAAUGCCAGCUCUGUGUGGAAAAAAUGAAAACCAGGCAAGACAUACGGAUUUUGAAAGAUGGGGAGUGUCAAGAUACCUGA